AUGUCUAGCCCAUCUCGGAAUGAGUUCCAGAUUGGCUGGAUUUGCGCUCUAGCAGUCGAGACCGCGGCGGCUAAAGAGAUGCUUGACGAAGAGUUUGAGCCUCUAGAUGAGCAGGAUGCCACAGAUCCUAAUGCGUACAUCUUGGGCAGAAUUGGCAAGCAUAAAAUUGUCAUUGCAUGUCUACCAACUGGCCAGCAUGGCACUUCUUCGGCGACGACAGUUGCGAACCACUUGACGCGCACCUUUUCCAAGUCACUGCGGGUUGGUUUGUUGGUUGGAGUGGGAGGCGGCAUCCCAUCCUCAGAAAAUGAUGUUCGCCUCGGCGAUGUCGUUAUCAGCUGCCCGGUUGGCACUUAUGGUGGCGUUGUUCAAUAUGAUAUGGGAAAACAUGUCGCCGGUGGUGAAUUUUCCAGAACUGGGUCUCUCAAUAGCCCGCCUAGGUCGCUGUUGACAGCAGUCAGCCGCCUCAGAGCUCAUGAGCUCACCGAUGAUCCUGAAUUUUUCGAAUAUAUCAAAUCUGCGACAGAGAGAACAAAUCGUACGAAGAACUUGUUUCACUCCCCUGGCCCUAAGUGUGAUCGACUUUUCAAAGCUGAGCAUGACCAUCCCGCUAAUGAAAGCUCUUGCGAUGUUUGUCCAUAUGAGUGGGAAGUCAGACGCGAAGCUCGGGAUGAUGAUCUUCCCCGCACUCAUUACGGGCUGAUUGCAUCUGGAAAUUCAGCGAUCAAGGAUGGGAGAGCCCGUGAGAAACUUGGUGCAGAAAUCGGCGCACUGUGCUUUGAGAUGAAGGCUGCAGGGUUGAUGUUAGAUUUUCCGUGCAUCGUCAUUCGGGGAAUCUGCGAUUACUCCGAUACUCACAAGAACAAGCAAUGGCAAGGAUAUGCUGCGUUGGUAGCGGCCUCUUAUGCUAAGGAAUUGCUGGGGAAUUUGCCUCACAACCAAGUGAUCCAAGAGCAGCUGGCAGCUAAUGUUUGUCAGUCCAUAGAAAAUUUGAAUGAAACUGUUCGCGGCACCAAUGAACGGCUAGACAGGGUUUUUGAUCAGCAGGCGGAGCAGUUCAAUGAACAAAAGGCGACAGCUUUCGUUGGAGAGUAUCACAGCUGUCAUAAAGCUCUCAAAACGUCGAACUAUGAGAGUUUCAAGGAUAUCAAUCCAUCGCGGACUCCAGGGACUUGCCAAUGGGUCUUAGGAAACCAAAUAUAUCUCAAAUGGCGCGAUGACUCGUCAAGCGGUCUUCUGUGGGUAUCUGCCGACCCAGGUUGCGGGAAAUCGGUCUUGUCCAAGUCAUUGAUAGACAUCGAGUUCAAAGAGUUGGAGCCAGGAACAUUGGUUUGUUACUUCUUUUUCAAGGACAAAGAGCAGCAGAAUCAGUUGAACGUCGCUCUAUGUGCUCUUCUUCAUCAGAUAUUCACCCAGGAGCCGGCACUAAUCUCUUACGCAAUGGAUUUAUUCCGAAGGACCGGAGACAGUAUUCAGCAUGAGACUUCCGCGCUGUGGAACAUUUUGCUUGAGGUCGCCUCGGAGUCAAAGGCGCCUCGGAUCAUUUGUGUUCUUGAUGCUCUUGAUGAAUGCACUUCUAAAGAUGUGGAGACUCUCAUUCAGAAUCUGUGCGUAACUUUCGAAGAUAAACAGAUGGGCGGCAAUUUUGAAGGGAAGGCACGUCUCAAAUUCUUCGUUACAAGCCGUCCUUAUCUCGAGAUCCAAACACUUUUCUCUUCCCUCACAACUACAUGGCCACAGAUCCAACUCAGAGGAGAAGAAGAGAACGAUCAAAUCAAGAAAGAAAUCGACAUAGUCAUUGCGAUAAAAAUGCAACAGCUGGCCCGGGAAGCAGCACUUUCGUCAGAAGUACAGAAGAGAUUCGAGACUCAACUUCUGGAAAUGGAGAGUCGAACCUAUCUUUGGCUACACCUAGCACUCGAUGACAUCCCCUUCAGCCAGAUGCCGAGUCAAUCAGACCUAUACCCCCCCACUGUGGAUGCAGCAUACGCAAAUAUCCUGGCCAGAGUUCAGGCGGAUCAAUUUGCAACUGUGAAAAAAAUUCUUCUCAUCAUUUGCGGAGCACGUAGGCCAUUGACUGUACAGGAAAUGGCCAUAGCGUUAGGAAUAGCCCUGAAGCCGGAAUCAUCGAACAUUCACAGUGUUCAGCUAGAUCCAACCCGGCUAAGCUCUCGCAUCCGAAGCCUGUGCGGUCUUUUUGUCAUCAUCAUCGAUGGACGAAUUCAUCUACUACACCAGACAGCUAAAGAAUUUCUGAUUAGAGAUAACUCUUUUGCAGGUUUUGAUGAUCUGAACUCUUUGUACCCUCUCAGACGCACAGAUACCGAAUCAAUUCUUGCUGAAAUAUGUGUUCGCUACCUGCUCAUGGACGAUUUCCGUGGGUCGGAAUAUCGAUUUGAGCUAUGGCGUGGCAACGAUUCCAAGUUACAGGAUUGCCCUGUACAUCCAGUUCAUGGGGUCUAUACUUUCUUGGACUACUCAGCAGAGCACUGGGCUCGCCAUGUGCGGCAUAUGUCAACUGAUCGAUACAUUCCCAUUGAGGAUCUCAUCUGUCAGCUUUAUGACACCUCCAGCCAAACGUUUCUGGUAUGGUUCAAUUUAUUUUGGCAGCGUUCGGCCUUCCAAUAUUUUUGGUCUCAUAAGGUAGACCCCGAUUCCCGCAUUCUUCCGCUGUGUCUAGCCGCUUUGAACGGACAUGAACAGAUAUUGAAGCGAUUUCUCAUGGAGAGCAAGAAGGAGGACUCCUCGCCCCACUGGAAUGCACAGGAGGAGCGCGACCCCAUAUGUGGAAACGAGACAUGUGUACUUAUAUGGUCAUCGUGGCCAGGGAAUUACGAUAUCCGUUGCCUUUUAUUGGAACAAGUCCUUUUCCACGCCAUUGACCGUGAAUCAAGAAAAUUCGAAGUGCUGGAGAAUCUUCUUGGCGAAGGUGCUCCGAUGAAAAUGACGAUGUAUCAAAAUAAUUACGCUUCUUGGAGACUAUACUCGUUUAUGGGCCUCGGUACUGUGCUACACAAGGCGGCUGAGCUUGGACAAGCUGAUGUGGCAUAUUUCCUCCUCCAGAAAGGUAUAGACACGAACAUCGCAGACGCAAAGGGCCAUACAGCUUUUGACUGUGCCAGAACAUUCAAGAUGAAUGAAGUUGUGAAAGUGAUCGAGAAAAGCCUCAGCCAAUAA